GUCAACAUGAGGUGUGUGUCUUAAACCUUUAAGGAAAAUUAUUUGGUGUAGUGACAUUUGAAUCAUUUCUAUCUGUCACUGUUUUUUUGUUAUCUCAUCAUAAUUCACUGUAUAAAGAAUCUAUAUGGAAGAUACAUUUCCCAAGAUGGAAAUCUUUACACAAAAGGAAUUACCAACUUGUUUGCAAGAAAUAGUAACAACAAAAGAAUCCAAGUAUUUGGAAGAUACAAUUAUAAGAAGAGACUCUUACUCUCUCACUUCUUCAUCAAUAUCACCAUCAUCACCACAGAAGUUUUUCUGGUGUGCUUCAAAUUCUAUUUCAAUGAAACAAGAGGUAGCACCAUUAGGUUUAACCACUUCUAAUGUUUUUGCCUCAGAUAUAAAACAUGGUUUUGUUCCUCUAAAUCUCUUGGAAACUCUCCCGACGUUGAGCGUUAAUCCAGUGUUUGAUGAGACAACAAAAUCUAUAGGCUCUUCUUCUGAUACAUUGAAGUAUCCGAAUUUGAGUUUGUUUUUGCAGGAACCAUCUAUGCUAUACUCAUCAACAUCACAUAUCAAAAGUAAUGAAGUCAUGUCAACAACUUCAAAUCCAAGUUACCAUGUGCCACCGCAAUUUGGCCUAACUCAGCAUCAACAAAAGAUUGGCUAUAACAAGACUUUCAAUGAGAAUUGGUUGAGUGCUACAAAGACUCAACCUAUGAAAUAUAGUGGAAGAGGGAAGCUUUUCAAAGGGGUGAGGCAGAGACAUUGGGGAAAAUGGGUUGCUGAAAUUAGGCUACCAAGAAACCGGACAAGGGUUUGGUUAGGGACAUUUGACACAGCUGAAGAUGCCGCAAUUGCAUAUGAUACAGCAGCAUAUAUACUAAGAGGAGAAUGUGCUCAGUUGAAUUUUCCUGAUCUAAAGCAUGUGAUUCAAGCGAAUUCGUUGAAUGGAACAACUGCUUCACUUGUUGAGGCAAAACUUCAAGCCAUAUCACAACAAGGUGGUUCUUCUUCUGAUAGAAAGCAAGGUGAUUCACUAGCUAGAUCAAGUAAUAAGCAUGUUGAUGAGAUUGAAAAUGGAAAGGAUCAUGAAAGUAUGAAGGAGUUGAAGGUUGGAGGUGACACAAAUGAGAGAAGCAAAAGUAUGCAGAAUGAGAUAUGUGAUGUUGAAACUGUUCAGCUAAGUAGAAUGCCAUCUUUAGAUAUGGAUAUCAUUUGGAAUGAACUUCUAGUUUCUGGUUCAUGACAAAUUUAUUACCUUAAAAGAAUACAUAUAAUCAAAGUAGCACCAAGAUGGAUACUGCCUCCAAUGUCCAACAUGUGUCGGUGUCAGACACUGCCACACCAGACACAUAUAGUUAGUUAUAUUCAAUAACUUUCAUUUUCUUAUUAUUACUGGUGUGUAUAUUUCAGUGUCGUAUUUGGUGUCUGUGAUUCUGUCAUUGUUUCAUAGAUAUAAUCUUUUGUUUGGUUUAUAAAUGUAAUCUUUCAUUUGGAGUAGAGCAACUUUGUCUCAAUAGUUCAUUCUAGAAUUGGCAGUUCCUAGGCCAGAUCUCACAGUAUACUAUACUGAAUCAAGAUCAGUCUUUUU